AUGUUGGCAAUAGUUGUGUUUUCCGGCACAGCACUUGCCACUUUCCUUUACAUCUUUGUCCUUCCUGUCGUAUACUACUUCUACGACCCCAAAGGGCUCCGAAAAUACACCAACUUCUCCCCCCUGUCCGGCCUCACUGACUUCCGCCAUUGCUACCUUAGUGCCUGCGGUUACCGCUCCAAAGGCAUAUACGAAGCGCACAAGGAGACCGGUACUCCCAUUCUCCGCACAGGCCCGAAUGCCCUAUCCUUUGGCGACAUCCGCGCGAUCCACGACAUCUAUGGCCACGGUACCAAAUGUACUAAAGACCUCAACUAUGUCAUUCUAGGCGGUACGCAUACUCAGCUCUUUGAUGUGGUCGAUAAGGCGGACCACUCGCGCAAGCGCAAGAGGCUCUCUGCGGCUUUUGCGAUUAAGAACCUGGAGCGGUGGGAAUUCAAGGUUGCGCGUACCACAAAGCGGUUGCUGAAUGCGAUGGAUGCACACUGCACGAAGCCACUACCAUCUGGACAAAAUACCCCAGAUCCUGCCGAUGCAACGCUGGACUUUGGAGAGUGGGUUUAUUUCUUCAAGAUUGAGGCGAUCAAUAACAUCGCGUUGUCGGCGGAUAUGGGUAUGUUGGAGAGGGGGUCUGAUGUUGUCACUGCCCAGAAAAUGGAUGGUACGUUGUAUCAGGCGCGGUAUCGUGAGGCUCAGAAUAACUCUGCGCUUGCUGGAGCCGUGUUUGUGUGGGACUAUAAGCACUUUCCAUUGCUUGCGAAGCUGUCCAAGCUGAGUACUAAGUGGCGUAAUAUCUGGAAAAAGGGAGAACCUUGGGGUGAUAUUGUAUAUCACCAAUCCGCUAUCCGACUGCAGCGAUACUUGGCUGGUGAGAGGCUGGAUGACUUUUUCUCAUCUUUGAUGGACGAUAAGCAAGGGAAGGCAAAUAAUCUCGAAUGGGGCGAGAUUAUCGCGGAAGUUGGUGCCAUCAUCAAUGCCGGUGCAGACACCACCUCUAUAGCUCUGACGAAUGUCCUGGAGCUCCUUCUCCACAGCCCUCAACACCUGCGUACCCUCCGCGAAGAAGUUGACAGCGUCCUCGACGAAGAUGAAGUUAUCGCCCCCUAUGACAAAGUCAAAAAUCUCCCCUUCUUGCGCGCUUGUCUCGACGAGAGUCUCCGCAUCUCCCCUCCCACCUCAGCUGGCCUUCCCCGCCGCACACCACCAGAAGGAGCGCAAAUUCUAGGCCAAUGGAUUCCAGGCAACACAAGUGUUUCUAUGACCAUCUAUGCCACACAUAGGGAUUCCAACGUCUUUCCGGAUCCCGAAGAAUAUAGACCUGAACGGUGGAUGGAUCCCGAGGCGAGGAAGCGGAUGGAGCCGUACUUCAUACCUUUUUCUGCGGGAGCUCGUGCAUGUUUAGGAAGGAAUAUCACAUAUCUAGAGCAGAUAGUAGUGUUGGCUUCGAUUGUUAGGAGGUAUGAGUUUGCGUUGAAAUCGCCGGACUUCAGACUCGAGCGGAGGGAAGCGUUUAACUUGCUUGUUGGGGAACUGCCAGUCAAGAUUUGGAGGAGAGAAAUGGAAGUAUAA